CGGCGAGAAUUUCUCGCUUGCACUUCAGUGCAAGUUCAGUUCUAAUGCAGUCUAGUACAAGAAUAACAGACCUAUUAAAAGAGGAGAUUCGGAUUUAUCUUUUGACAAUUUUAUUUUUUUGAUGUUGUUCUCGAGAUAUUUAUACAGAUUCUAUUAAUGUAAUAUAAUCUAUUACGAUACAAUUAUGAAAAGAGUAAUCAUUUUCGUUAAUGGAACCGAUGUUAAUGGCAAGGUUAGGUACUUAUGGUGACUCAUUCAUUAGAUGAAUUAUUAGCAGCAGCCGGUGCAAAAUUCGAAAUAACAGCAAAAAGAAUUUUUACAUCACAAGGUGGAGAAAUUGAUGAUAUCAAACUAAUUAGAGAUGAUGAUAUUCUAUAUAUUUCAAGUGGAGAAAAUUUUAUAUCAAUAAACAAGAUAUGUAGUCAUAAUCAGUUAAAUAGAAAUUCAGAAUGGAUUACACUGAAUGUAGGAGGACAAUAUUUUACGACAACUAGAAACACUUUGACAAAAAAAGAGCCUAUGAGUAUGUUAGCAAGAAUGUUUACAGAAACAAAUGCUGAACAUGCAAUACAACCAAGUAGACAAGAUCAUCAUGGAGCAUAUUUAAUUGACAGAAGUCCUACAUAUUUUGAACCAUUAUUAAAUUACUUGAGGCAUGGUCAAGUAAUACUUGAUUCGAAUAUUAAUAUAGCUGGAGUAUUGGCAGAAGCUUCUUUUUAUGGUAUCGAAGGUGCUAUUCGAAUCCUUACUGCAAUGACAGAAAAAGAAGAACUGCAGAAAGAGGGUCUUAUAUCUCUAACUCGCAAAGAUGUACUUAAAGCCAUUAUGUCAACACCAACUACUGCAGAACUUAGAUUCCAGGGAGUUGAUUUUGUAAGAGCUGAUCUUUCAAAACUAGAUCUUAGGAAUAUUAAUUUCAAGUAUGCUAUCAUGCAUCAUUGUAGUCUGGCAGGUGCUAAUUUGUCAGGAUGUUGUUUUGAACGUGCUGACUUAUCUUAUGCUAAUUUGCAAGGUGCACAACUUGUAUGCGUCAAAAUGUCAUGUGCAAACUUAGCUGCAGCCAAUCUACAUUCAUGCAAUUUUGAAGAUCCUGGUGGUUUACCAGCAAAUAUGGAAGGUGUAAAUUUGAAAGGUGCUAAUCUUGAAGGCAGUAACAUGGCAGCUGUCAAUCUCCGAGUAGCUACAUUAAAAAAUGCCAUUCUUAAAAAUUGCGUUUUGAGGUCUGCUGUUUUAGCUGGUGCUGAUUUAGAGUGUUGUGAUUUAUCUGGCUCUGAUCUACAAGAUGCAAAUUUACGAGGUGCAAAUUUGAAGGAUACUGCUUUUGAGUUAAUGUUAACACCACUGCACAUGUCUCAAACAAUACGAUAACAAUGAAUGUUAUACUGCAUAUUAUUGCAGAUUGAAUCCUUUAAUAAUAUGAGAUGACUGAUAUAUAAUAGAUAAU